AUGCAGAAUGUGGCACCCUUAUUAUCUUCCGCAAAAUACGUUCCUGCCUCACGCUCCCCUUUCGAUGCGUAUAUCGUUCUCGAUUUUGAGGCCACUUGCGAGCAGGGAAGGUAUAUCAAGCAACCGGAAGUGAUUGAGUUCCCACUUGUCGUUGUAGACCCUGAACAAAUGUGCAUCGUGGCCGAAUUUCAACGUUACGUCCGGCCAAAGCUCUAUCCCAAGCUAUCUAAAUUUUGCACCGAAUUAACGGGCAUCACACAAGACAUGGUUAAUCGCGGCGCGCCGUUUGCGAAUGUGUACAAUGAAGCCAUGCAAUUUUUGAGAAAUUGCGGCUUUGGUGAGGCUCCUCCCAGCCGUAGUUACUGUCUCGUCACGUGCGGAGACUGGGAUCUUAAAACGAUGCUUCCUGCACAGUUUAAAGUGAGUGGUGAUCUUGGUACUCCACCAAGCUGGAAACGUUGGUGUAACUUAAAGCAAUAUAUGAAGCAAAUGCAGCCCCCGCUGCUGAGGCCGAAGCGAGGGUGUCCGUGUGAUCUGGUGGAGAUGCUUGAGGCCGUUGGGCUCCCCCUCCAAGGCCAUCACCACAGUGGCAUUGACGACUGCCGCAACAUCGCUGCGGUGUUGUGCGAGCUGCUUAGGCGAGACUGCGUCGUGAUGCCAACCUACAGCUUCGAUCACGGCUUUCAGCCCUGGCGUACCAUUAAUGUGCCUCUUUCAUACGCCUCAGGGUUUUCGCUGCCGCCGAUGAAUCAGUUGCCUAGCUCCAUCGUCACAAUUAAGCCGCAUCCUGAAAACUCAAAUCCCAUUCACGGCGUUCUACCCUCUCAAGAAAGCGCCGUGCCUACACAGGCUUCCACAAUUUCAAAAAAGAAAAAGCGCAGCCGAAAACAUCCGAACGCAGAUGCGCCCCCCGCGUUGUUGCUCGCAGGGACCUCUCAGCCCGGAAGCGAGGGUGGUGUACGCGCCCCUGCGGUGCUGCUCAACGACUCCCGUGAUGCUGUAGCUGAGAUUCUUGAACAAGAAGGCAACGCCACGGCUGCGUCUCUAUCCAGCCCACUGCCAUUAGGAAGGCUGAGGACUAUCAGCAAACUGCUGUCGUAUAUACUUCGGCAUGGUGUCGAUGAAGUGGGGGUGCCUAUCACAGUGAAUGGCUAUGUGGAGCUCGACGCCCUCCUCCGAUUACCUAAAUUCCUUCGGGAAAAGAUAACCAAGGCGGAGGUCGCACGUGUGGUCGAGGAAAAUGGCAAACAACGCUUCCGUCUUGUGUAUGGCGCUGAGGACGGGCUUCUUUAUAUUUGCGCUACGCAGGGGCAUAGCCUUAAAGGAGUGACACCCGACCUUUUAGUUAUCAAACGUGCGGAAGAGGUGCCGCUGGCCGUGCAUGGAACAAACUGGGAUGGAUGGAGGGAUAUUUCCGCUUGUGGUUACCUCUCCCCUAUGUCGCGGCAGUACAUUCACUUCGCGAAAGGGUUACCACAACAAUCUGGGGUGAUCAGUGGCAUGCGCAACACAACCAAGGUACUUCUAUACUUAGACAUUGAAAGAGCUCUUGGAGAUGGUAUUCCCAUCUUUGAAAGUUCUAAUGGUGUGAUCCUAACCUCUGGAGUUCCAAACACACGACAAUUGCCUUUGAAGUAUAUCAAAAAGGUCGUGAACCGUGAGACAGGUGAAGUUAUUAAUAUCGAUACAUUCAGGUCCUAA